UUCCGGGGGGUGCUUCAGCAAUUUAAGGAUGAGCAUCUCAAUGGAUCGGAGAGCGAACAAUUUCAGUUCACCAAUCUUGUGGACUUCAAAUCCUCCAUGAAGGAGAUCCAAGACGAGCAAGCGUCUAAAGCCAGAAUGCGCAAUAUGAACAGAUUGAGGAAGUUCUUGGAAGGAAUGGAGCAGUACAUCGAGGUGUUUCUCGAACAGCUCAUCGAGGUGUUUCUCAACGCAUCAGAAUUUGUUGCCUUUUUCCUAUUACAGGUCACACGAAAUCACGUCAGAGCCUUUGAUGCCCUCCUUGAGCAUUAUGAGGACAUGGGUGAGCAGCUUGAGCCAAUCCAACAUCAUCAACCCCUGUUCGAGCUAAGGGAGAACGGCCAUCUUAACGCCGUUCUCGAGAUGAUCUUCGGCGACAUUCUCGACUUCCAUGCAAAGGCCCUGUCGUACUUCCAGCAAAAGAGAUGGCGAAUAAUCUUUGAUGCGACGUGGAACAACUUCCGCACCCGUUUCUCCGAGCCCAUGAACAACUUGAGGCGGCAUCGCAAGCUUUUAGAGAACUACGCUAAUCUGACCGCCCUUGAGAGGAUUUCAGCACUAUCCAAUGACCAAACAGAGGCUUUGAAGUUGCAGAGACGACACCUAAAUCUCGCUACAAUAUGCCUUUCAUACCUGACCGUCGGCCACGUCGACGUUUCACUGUCCGAUGAGAUUGUCGAGGCCAACAUAAUAAACGGUUGUUACGCAUUUUUUGAUUACGCCGCUUCACAUUGGCUGGACCAUCUCACGAUCUCAGUAACCAAACUCGCCACACUUGAUGCCUCCUCUGUGGAGCGCCUGGGUAGGGAGAUCCGUCACUUCCUCGGACAGCACUUCCAAAAGGUGGCCCCAAAAAGUAUUCCACUAAGCUUCGCUAAAGGAUUCGAUGUUCGUUCAUCGUUUGGUCCUGAAGACUUCCUCGGUGAAUUGUCACAGGCCACCUACACCAAGCGGAAGGAAGAACCUAACGUCAAGGAUGACCAGAAACUGGGCCCGAAGCCAAGACUCGAAACUUUCAUUCCUCGGCUGCGAUCAUCUCUUGACAAGGUGGCACAAAGACUGAAAGAUUCGACCGGAUUACUACAACUGCAAAAUUACCAUGGUUCAGGCCUCUUCAAGUGUCAAUUCGUUCAUUGCGAUUAUUUUCACACAGGGUUCCCCGACAAGUCGGCGCGGGAUUCCCAUCAGACCAAGCACGACCGCGCCUUCUUUUGUGUGUUUGAUGGAUGUUCGUAUGGGAUUACAGGAUUUGCCGAUUCAAAAUCCCUUGCGGCCCACACCGACAACGUUCAUACC